AUGGCGGCGAUGGACGUUGAGCCACAGAAAGUUGAAAAUUUGAUGCGAACCCUAAAGCUGUCGGGGCACGUCGGUUUCGACAGCCUACCGGACCAGCUGGUGAACAAGAGCGUGCAGAAUGGUUUCGUUUUCAACAUCCUGUGCAUAGGUGAAACGGGUCUGGGCAAAUCAACAUUGAUGGACUCUUUAUUUAACACCAAUUUUGAGUCGGUUCCUAGCCCCCACAACUUGCCCACCGUCAAGCUUAAAGCACACACUUAUGAACUUCAGGAGAGCAGUGUUAGAUUGAAGUUGACCAUCUGCGACACAGUUGGCUACGGUGACCAAGUAAACAAGGAGGACAGUUUCAAAGCCGUUGUGGACUAUAUUGAUGCUCAAUUUGAGGCCUAUCUACAAGAAGAACUCAAAAUAAAGCGUUCCUUACCUGCUUAUCAUGACAGCAGGCUACAUGUGUGUCUCUACUUCAUUUGUCCCACUGGUCAUGGCCUUAAAUCUAUCGACUUGGUGUGCAUGAAGAAGUUGGACACCAAGGUGAACAUCAUCCCUAUCAUUGCCAAAGCAGACACAAUCUCCAAGACUGAGCUGCAGAAAUUCAAGUCAAAGAUAAUGCACGAGCUCCAAGCGAACAGUGUGGAGAUAUACCAGUUCCCGGUGGACGACGAGUCGGUGACAGAAGUGAACAGUGUCAUGAACUCACACAUUCCCUUUGCUGUGGUCGGCUCCACUGAUUUCGUCAAGAUUGGCAACAAAACCGUCAGAGCGAGGCAGUAUCCCUGGGGCACUGUUCAGGUGGAGAACGAGUCUCACUGCGACUUCGUGAAGCUGCGCGAGAUGCUGAUCCGCACGAACAUGGAGGACCUGCGCGAGAAGACGCACGCGCGCCACUACGAGCUGUACCGGCGCCGCCGCCUGCAGCAGAUGGGCUUCACCGACGUCGACGCCGACAACAAGCCGGUGUCAUUUCAACAAACGUUCGAACAAAAACGCAGCGCCCACUUGGCUGAGCUUCAACAGAAGGAAGACGAGAUGCGACAAAUGUUCGUACAACGAGUCAAAGAAAAGGAAGCUGAGCUCAAAGAGGCUGAGAAAGAGCUCCAUGCAAAAUUCGACAAACUCAAAAAGGAUCACACAGAUGAGAAGAAACGUCUCGAGGAGCUCCGCAAAAAGGUGGAGGAUGACACCAUCGAGUUCAACCGGCGCAAGCAGCAGUCCGUUCAGUCGCACCACACGCUCACACUCGGCAAGAGCAAGAAAAAGUAA